CGCUUCCAGCCGCUGCCGAGUGCAAGGCAAGCUGGGUAGCUGAGGGUAGUUUCUUUGUGGCGUCCUGCUUCCUCCAUGGCGCCGUUGGGAAGAUUUUUCUUGGCUCCGGGUCUUGGUCCUCAGCGGUUUUUCAGUUAUGGAACAAAAAUAUUAUAUCAAAACAGUAACACUUUCCAGUCUAAAUUCUUUCCAUCUGUUCAAAAAGUGAUGCUACCACCUAACAGUUUUCAGGGGAAAGUGGCUUUCAUUACUGGGGGAGGCACUGGCCUUGGAAGAGGAAUGACCAGUCUCCUGUCCAGCCUUGGUGCGCACUGUGUGAUAGCCAGCCGAAAGUUUGAUGUUUUGAAAGCCACUGCAGAACAAAUUUCUUCUCAAACUGGAAAUAAGGUUCAUGCAAUUCAGUGUGAUGUGCGGGAUCCUGAUAUGGUACAAAACACGGUGUCAGAAUUGAUCAGACUGGCAGGCCACCCUGACAUUGUGAUAAACAACGCAGCAGGCAAUUUCAUUUCUCCCACUGAAAGACUGUCCCCUAAUGCAUGGAAGACCAUUACUGACAUAGUUCUGAAUGGCACGGCCUUUGUGACCCUGGAAAUUGGGAAGCAACUAAUUAGAGCACAGAAGGGAGCAGCAUUUCUUGCUAUCACCACCAUCUAUGCUGGGACUGGGUCAGGCUUUGUGGUGCCCAGUGCUUCUGCCAAAGCUGGAGUGGAAGCCCUUAACAAGGUGCCCUUUAGCCGCCUGGACCCCACUGGAGCAUUUGAGAAAGAAAUGGUCAACAGAAUCCCCUGUGGUCGGCUGGGGACUGUGGAAGAACUUGCUAAUCUUGCUGCUUUUCUGUGCAGCGAUUAUGCUUCUUGGAUUAAUGGGGCUAUUAUUAGAUUUGAUGGUGGAGAAGAAGUAUUUAUUUCAGGGGAAUUCAAUAGCCUGAGGAAGGUCACCGAGGAGCAGUGGGACACCAUAGAAGGACUAAUCAGGAAGACAAAAGGCUCCUAAGAUGCUCUGGCCUUCAUUUUUAGUUGCCAUGGAAAUGACACAACUCUGCCUCUGAUCUUUUGAAUAUUUUCAAGUCUAAUAAAUGAUUAACUGACAUUCA